UCAAGCUCGGCCCUGCCCACCGCUCGGAGUUGUGGGACGUUUGCACUUGCUAGAGGCGCCGUGCGGAGAUGUGAAGGUGGUUGCGGUGUGGGUGAAAAUCAGCAAACAAAGAAACGGCUUCUAAUUAGCGCUGAGCGGUAGUGGCCAGGAAAAUGCAGGGGAAGGAUGCUCGUUAUCUGAAGAGGAAAGUAAAAGGGGGUAAUAUAGAUGUCCACCCGGUGGAGAAAGCUUUGGUCGUUCACUGUGAAGUAGAAGCUACAAUUUUGGGUGAGAUGGGCAAUGCCAUGCUUGGAGAACGGAAGGAAUGUCAGAAAAUUAUUCGUCUGAAAAGCCUGAAUGCUAACACUGACAUUGCAUCGCUGGCACGCAAGGUAGUAGAAGAAUGCAAGCUCAUUCAUCCAAGUAAACUAGCAGAGGUUGAACAGCUGAUCUACUACCUUCAGAACCGCAGGGAAAGUCCUCAAGGAAGAGGCAUUCAGUCCAGAAAUAGAGGGAGUGAAAAUGACACGAUUUCACUAAUUCAAGUUAAGAAUUAUGAAGAAAAACAUGAAAAAAAGGUUGGCAAGCUGAAGGAUCCACCUCCUUUUGAAGGAAUGGAAAUUGAUGAAAUAGCAAAUAUUAAUGACGUAGAAGAUUACAUAGAAUUACUGUAUGAGGAUAUAUGUGACAAAGUGCGAGGCUCAGCACUCAUUCUUCAGUUGGCUCGCAAUCCUGAUAAUUUGGAAGAAUUGCUACAAAAUGAGAUUGCAUUGGGAGCAUUGGCUCGAGUGUUGAGAGAGGACUGGAAGCAAAGUGUGGAGCUUGCAACCAAUAUUAUUUACAUCUUUUUCUGUUUCUCCAGUUUUUCUCAAUUUCACGGACUAAUUACUCACUAUAAAAUUGGUGCGCUCUGCAUGAACAUUAUCGACCACGAACUGAAGAGGCAUGACCUAUGGCAAGAAGAACUUAAUAAAAAGAAGAAAGUAGUUGAAGAUGAUGCUGAUAAUCAAGUCCUGAAGAAGGAUUAUGAGAAAACAUAUAAGAAGUAUCAGGGUUUAGUUAUCAAACAGGAGCAGCUACUGAGAGUUGCCUUCUACCUUUUGUUGAAUUUAGCUGAAGACACAAGAACUGAACUCAAAAUGAGGAACAAGAAUAUUGUCCACAUGCUUGUGAAAACACUUGAUCGAGAAAACUUCGAGUUGCUGAUCCUCGUGAUGUCCUUCUUAAAAAAACUUAGUGUAUUUGUAGAGAACAAAAAUGAUAUGGUAGAAUUAAACAUAAUCGAGAAGCUAGCAAAGUUGGUGCCCUGUGAGCAUGAGGAUCUUCUGAAUAUUACCUUGCGCUUGCUGCUGAACCUUUCCUUUGACACUGGGCUUCGGAACAAGAUGGUCCAAGUGGGUCUCCUCCCAAAAUUGACUGCGUUGAUAGGGGCUGAAAACCAUAAACAAAUAGUGAUGUGCAUUUUGUACCAUAUCACCAUGGAUGAUCGCUUCAAAUCCAUGUUUGCCUACACUGAUUGCAUUCCCCAGUUAAUGAAGAUGUUAUUUGAAUGUCCUGAAGAGCACAUUGAUAUGGAAUUAAUAUCCUUUUGUAUUAACCUUGCAUCUAACAAGAGAAAUGCACAAUUAAUCUGUGAAGGAAAUGGCCUGAAAAUGCUAAUGAAAAGAGCCUUCAAAUUCAAGGAUUCACUGCUCAUGAAAAUGAUCAGGAAUAUUUCCCAACAUGAAGGCCAAACCAAAGACUUAUUCAUAGACUAUGUUGGGGAUCUAGCAGCUCAGAUCAAUAGCAAUGAAAGUGAAGAAUUUGUUAUUGAAUCUCUUGGAACCUUGGCUAAUUUGACACUUUCAAGUCUUGACUGGGAGCUUGUGCUGAAAGAAUAUAACUUGGUUCCUUUUCUCAAGGACAAACUGAAACCAGGUUCAACAGAAGAUGACCUGGUUCUGGAAGUGGUGAUUAUGAUAGGCACUGUGUCCAUGGAUGAUUCUUGUGCAGCAAUGCUGGCAAAAUCUGGGAUUAUUCCAGCACUCAUUGAACUUCUAAAUGACAAACAAGAAGAUGAUGAAUUUGUUUGCCAGAUUGUAUAUGUCUUCUACCAAAUGGUUUUCCAUCAAGCUACCAGAGAUGUAAUUAUAAAAGAAACACAAGCUCCAGCGUAUUUGAUUGAUCUUAUGCAUGAUAAAAAUGCAGAGAUACGAAAAGUCUGUGAUAACACACUGGACAUAAUUGCGGAAUAUGAUGAAGAGUGGGCCAAAAAAAUUCAAAGUGAGAAGUUUCGCUGGCACAACUCUCAGUGGCUGGAAAUGGUUGAGAAUCGCCAGGUGGAUGAAAGUGAGCCAUAUGUCUAUGGUGAUGAUGGGCUAGAGACAUUUAUUCAUGAAGGAGACAUUCUGGAAAGACCUGAUCUUUUCUACAAUGCAGAUGGACUUUUACCGCCUGAUGGAACCAUUAGUCCAGAUUUCUUGGGUGAAUACCAGUUUCAAAAUGGUGACCUUGUUGGACAGCAUCCUUAUGGCAGUUUGGCAGUUGAUGGGUUUGGUCAACCAGUUAACUUUCCUGGACGUCCAGUCACAGCUUACGGUUACCGUCCAGAUGAUCCUUACCUCUAUCCAUUUGGAACCAGAUAAGCUCAGCCAGUUAUUUAUUAAUGCUUUUGUAACAUUCCUUGUACAUAAACUGCAAAUGUAUUGUACUGUGGGUCUUUGUUUGUACUGCACUGUGUCAGAGCUGUGAUGUGAAUUACAAUUAUAUACAUAAUAGUCUAAUGUCCUGACUGCAAUAUAUUAACGGUAUUUGAAUUAUUUAAUGUGUUUUCUGCUUUUAUCCUUUUGAAACACUGGAUUAGUCUGAAGAGCGUAACUGGAACAAAGUCUCCAAUACACAAACUGUAGUCUUAAAUCAUUCAAUUCUAUAGCUAAAAAUUUACUAUUUAAUUUCUGGGAUAUCAUUUUGUUACUCUAAAAAUGCUUAUAGCAAUUUUACUUUUAAAGCUGUUUACUACAAAUAGCAGUAUUUUAAAUUGUUCGCAUUUUGUGUAAUCAUUUCUGAAAAUAAUGUCAUAUUUGUAACUUUAAAUAACAUGAAUUGUGUCUAGUAAUAGGUUAUUACAUUUUUUUUUGUUUGUUCCACGUCCAUUAUAAUUGUUUCUAUUUAUUUUGCCAUUUCUGCAAUCUCUGACCAAAUGUGGAUUGAAAUAAAUCUUGGCACCAUUGUCUGUUUUGCAGUUUAGAACACUACUAAAUUAAUAAAUGAGAACUUAAAAUAAACACAGGCAAAAUCAUUUAUGUACUCUUCUCUCAGAGGUAUAUUUCUGAAGUAGAACUUUAUCCUAUGGUUUCAGAGUAGACAACUUGCUGGACAUAUGACCCUUCAUUAAAAUCGGGAAAGCUUCCCAGCAGACUUGCAGCAUCUGCAGCUUUUUAUUUUCAUUUACUGUGCAAGAUUCUUUCUUGUUCUUUGUGUCUGAAGCAAAAGAUAACUUGGCUACUUGUGGGUGCAAUCAUAAUGUUUAGUUUCUUCCCUGUGGGAGAGAAAUCUCAAGACAUCUUGUCUAGUUCUGCCCAUAACAUCUCAGCAGUGUCUUUUCUAAGUACUUAACCUUCCUUUAGUCUCAAUCCACAGCUGCUAACUCUUAAGAGUUCAAUGAACAAUUUUACUCUGGAAAGAAUGGUGCUAUGUCUUUUUUACUUUGUGCUAAUUAAGAUAAAUGGUCUUGUCACACCAUAUGAAUUCCUUUCUAACGAUCGAGGAAUCUUAGUCUAAAAAUUGCCAGAGCAAAUUAUUUAGCAUUUCUAAUGUUGCAAAUGGGUAGUUUAGUUGUGCAAAUUGCCUCCACAACCUAACUACAAAUUAAGUUUUUUUGCAUACAAAUCUCAUAAACUUGGCCUGUAAAUUGUGACCUUGCACAUAUCCAUCUAUGUUUAAACUUUCUACACAAAAUGUAUGCAGAACUUUAAGGAGCUUUCAGCUCUUUUUAGGUUCUCUGAGGAUAUUGCAGAUGUGUUUGAUGGAAGUAGAUCUCAAAAAUGGUACUGAAAAAUACAAAGCUCAACCUAGAACUGUGGAAGUUUGGGUUCCUCCACAAAACACAUUGAGACACCUCAGAGGUCAAACAAUUCCAGAAGUGUUGAGUUCACUGAGAAAGUUUCUCAAGAGGUAACCAACAGCUGGGGCAAAAAAAAGUACACAUUAUCUGAAAACAAGAAUAACUCUCAAUGCCUCUGCUUUGAUACAUAAAUUUUUAUUACAAAUUUUGGAAUAAGAUAUGUAGUAACAAUUCCAAGUUUUUAAGGAAAAGGAAGGACAGCUGAAAGAGGCAUUAAAUUUCAGUAAAUUAAAUUCAAGGCUGAAAGUUAAUACAAUAAUUACAAUAUCUAGAAAUUUAGUUAAGCAAGACAUUAUGCUUAAAACCAAUAUAAUUGCUUUGACAGAAGUAAACACAAGAGUAUUCUUAAUGUCAGUAAAACACCAAGACCAGGCCUCUUGGUGUAACAUAUCUAUAUUUGGUACCACUGUAUCACCUUAAGGGAGAUAAAUGAUCAUCUCCCAGAUGAUCAAAUACAUGGUGUUUUGUAGUUUUGACACAAUAGUAAUAAAUAAGAACUUUGCAGAUGCUUAUUACCAUGUUAGUAUGGGACUGGUGUGCAGGUGGCUCCUUAAGACAUCCCUUUGUCACAUGUACAGUGUUGAGUUAGAAGAGCUUACAUUGUUAAUUCUGUAAAGCUAUAAUCAAAGAUAAUUUCAUUUCCACUAUGCUGCAAACUGAUGCUUCAUCUGUUCACAACUCUAAAUUUGAUAUGUUGGACAGAAACUCUACAUCUAUCUGUUGUUCCCAACUCAGAAUUUGAUAUAUCUUCAGAUGUGGUAAUGUGCAACCCUUUUUUGUUUAUUUUAGUUUUGUUCAUCGAUCAAAGCAUUACAUUAUGCCUCGUGGUUAUGUCAUAUUAGAUUUUUUUCCUGUUGUACUAUGUCAAAGCAAUAAUAUUUGUUUUAGAGACUA